ACCAGUCGCCAGCACGAUGGCUUUCUUCAAGGCUGCCGUAUUCCUGGUUUGUGUGGUCCUCGCAGCGGCCGGGUCGGUGAGCAAAUUGAAGGGGGCCCUGAUCAGAGCCUGGAGGGACCAGGACCCAAGCAACCCCAAGUACGAGAGUCUGGCGCACUACGCAGUGUCUACCCAAGUCGAAGGUCGAGAGUACUACGACACGGUCCUCGGGAUCUUGGAGGUGAAGACUCAGAUUGUGGACGGCGUGAUGUUCAUGUUGAAGUUUACAACGACUCAAUCGACGUGCAAGAUCGAAGCCGGCGUGGAAUACUCCAAGCUGAACUGCCAUCCCAGGACAAGCAAGGUUGAAAAUGUAUGCACCGCAGUCGUCUACACGGUUCAACGGCAGAAGAUCAAACGGGUUGUGUACUACAUAUGCGAAGAUCCUGAGAGCGAAUUGACGGCGGCCCCGUUCGGAGCCUGGAAGACGCAGGCCCGAAUCGACCCCAAGUACGAGAGUCUGGCGCACUACGCAGUGUCCACCCAAGUCGAAGGUCGAGAAUACUACGACACGGUCCUCGGGAUCUUGGAGGUGAAGACUCAGGGAUUAUCGGGGCUCUCCGGUCAGGCGUGUCACCGCGCAGAUCCGCUGCUAAAACUCUAA